AUGUUUGUUCUUAUUUUUGUUGCAUAUUUAAUAUUUCUCCAAUUGAAUAUUUUAAUAUUUGUUGUUCUUGUUCUUGUUCUUGUUGAACAUUUAAUACUUACUCAUAUUCUUGCUCUUGUAAAAUUUAUUCAUAUGGUUGUUGGAUAUUUGUUCGUAUAUAUUGUUGCUGAACAUUUGAUAUCAUCGUCGAAGGAUGUUAAAAAUCUACAAAAUAAAGAUAAUUUAACUACUCAACUUCGAUUAACUGUUGAUCAUGAUGAUGAUACAAAUUUAAAUCAAGAAAAAGGAGUGAUUAUUGUUCUUGAUGAAACUGAAACAAAUACUAGAAUGAAUUUGUCUCAUGAUCGUGAAGAUGAAGUACAUAUAUGA